AUGUAUUACUAUAGCUUCCUGUUCAUAAUUAUUCUGAUGAUGAUCUUGUUAGAACCUGGCAAAUCUGAAGUUUACACGGUUGGUGAUGAAGAAGAAUGGAACUCAGAUGUCAACUACGGCUCCUGGUCACACAAAUACAAUUUUACUCUCGGCGAUAUUCUAGUAUUCAAAUAUUCAAAGAAUGAACACAACGCAUAUGAAGUAACAGAGGCGAGUUACCAAUCAUGUGAUGUAAGUAACGGUAAUGGUGUCUUAGCAAAGUAUGAGAGUGGAGAAGAUGAAGUAGAAUUAAGCAAGGUAAAAAAGUAUUUCUUCAUCUGCAUUAUAGCUGGGCACUGCUUUGGUGGGAUGAGGUUCGCCAUUAAUGUCUCAAAUGUUACUGCUGUGAAAAUCCCUGAAUCUGAACCAAACCCACCUUCAAAAUCUUUAAGUUUUACUUUUGCAGGCUGUCAAAAUUGGAACUUGCUCAUCUGUCUUGUUGCUUCUGGAAUCUUGUUCAAAUUGUAUUAGUUUAUUCUUGAAUCCAAAAAAUUUUUCUGUUAUUUUUCUACUGUUCAUUAUAGUCCAUAAGCAUAGAAA